AUGUCGAAACCCAUAGUUGCAAGUACGCGAGACGUCUGCCACAGGCUUCCUAAGAUGGGCGCGUACAGAUACAUUCAGGAAUUGUAUCGCAAAAAACUUAGCGAUGUUAUGCGUUUCUUAUUGCGCGUGCGAGUAUGGCAGUACCGCCAGUUGACUCGUAUGCAUCGUGCUCCUAGGCCCACAAGGCCUGACAAAGCCAGAAGGCUUGGAUAUCGUGCCAAGCAAGGUUAUGUUAUCUUCAGAAUCCGUGUUCGCCGCGGAGGUCGUAAACGUCCAGUUCCUAAGGGCGCUACCUACGGCAAACCUAAGAGCCAUGGUGUCAAUCAGCUUAAGCCUACACGCAACUUGCAAUCAAUUGCUGAGGAGCGUGUUGGUCGCCGAUGUGGUGGUUUGAGGGUGUUAAACUCUUAUUGGGUUGCUCAAGAUUCAUCCUACAAAUACUAUGAAGUUAUCCUGGUUGAUCCAUCACACAAGGCUAUCCGACGGGAUCCAAAGAUUAACUGGAUAGUGAAUGCAGUUCACAAGCACCGUGAAAUGCGGGGUCUUACCUCAGCUGGCAAGAGCUCAAGAGGACUUGGAAAGGGGCACAGAUUCUCUCAGACCAAGGGAGGUUCUCGUCGUGCUGCUUGGAACCGCAGAAAUACCUUGCAAUUGCACCGCAAGCGU